CUCCCUACUGACAUUUGUUGACAAAUGUGUCAAAACAAAGCUGUAUUUUAAGUGUUUUCGAGCUUUAAAGGGCUUCAGAGAAAGUUUUUGUAGUGCGACUGAUGUAAAAAACCGUAUUUUUGUAAAGUCAAGGUUAUAUCAGACUUAAAUAUUUACUUAAAACUUUCACCUUUGUGUAAUCCAUCAAAAGACAAUUACUGUCCAUUUUGGGGCAAAGAGUGCAUAGUUUGAUUUUUCCAAUCCUUAAUCACGUUUGAAUUUCUUUAAUUUCGUUAAUUAUUUUUGUGACUGGUACCACCAGUGCUGUCAUCCACCUGGUCUUUAGGAUGAAAGAUAAUGAGAGUGAAGAAAAAGAGGACAGAAAUGUCUUCAAACUGCUAUCACAAUUACGUAAAGAAAAAUUAUUCAUAACUAACGAAAGGUUAAAUAUUCAGAAAUUGAACAAAUCGAUAAAAAAGAAAACUGACGGUUUAAUCGAAGCCACAUGGGUAACAACAAAGCAGCGAUUGUAUCUCCUCUCCCAGCGAGAAUUCACAACGCAAAACUACGAACAUAUCAAGUCGAUCACCAACUCGGAAUUUGUGGAAGCCAAGACUUUGUUAGGCUUCCAAACUGUUAAAAUCAACAAUUUACUGCAAAACCUGCGAAAGCAGCCUCAAGAACUAGCCAGAUGGCUUUUCGUAGGCGAGCAAAUAAAUGACGAUCAGUUUUCCAAUGUCUUGCAAACUGUGGUCACUGGAUUAUACUCCUCGUGCAUCUUCCCUGAAGAUACCACUUACAUGCUGAAACUUUUACUAGAACUCGCGAAAUUGCAGCUUUUCAAGAGCGAAAAUCCCAGACGGAUGCUCAAACAGGGUACUUGCUCCUUCAAAAAUUUGUUUUUCAUUUUUACAGAAGUGUUGCCGACUGCUAAAUUUUUCCUAAGUGCCGCGCUAGAAUUGCCUAUUUUGCGGUUGGCGGCUUGUAGAGAUUUUUACCUAGACAUUGAUCCAGACAAGACACUCAUGAGGUACAGACACAACGAGAAUAAUCUCAAAUCGGAGUUCAGGGACAUCCAGGAAUACAGGACUGAAGUUAUAAGAAAAUUAUCUGAGUUCACAAACUCGUUCAUUUCGUCUUUACGUGAGAAUGUUUACAGCUUUCCUAAACCCAUUGCGUGGAUUGUUUACCACAUUUCGAAAAUUAUUACGAAAUCUUUUGGCAGCAAAGAAGCUUAUGCUAUCGUGACUGAAUUAAUUUUCACGCUGUACAUUUGCCCAGCCAUCGUCGAUCCGGAACAGUACUGUAUCUCAGACGCACAAAUCACCGAAGUCACCCAACACAACCUGAUGCAAGUCGGGCAAAUUCUUCAGGUCUUGGCUCUGAAUAAAUUCGAGUCGCCUGAAAACCGCUUCAGCGACAUUUACAAUUUGUUGGACAACGACGUAGUUUGCAAUUUCAUGGAAGAUAUUCUCUUUAAUUUGGAGUUCGACGAUGAUGCGCCACCUGUUGAUCUAGCGCCGAGUAUAAUACGGGACUCGGCACUUUUGGCCGAGGAUGAGCUGAACAAUUUUAUCUUGUUUUUGCAAAAAGUGCACAAUGAAAUGAUGCAAAAUGAUAAUUUUAAGAAACAUCUCGGGGAUAAUUCGAUUGAGGAACAAAUCGCCUCGCUGAUUCUCCCAUCGUCGCUUGAGAGUUCCCCGAAAACGAGCAAACCCUACACUAAUGGUUUCUCCGAAAAUACGCUGAAGAGGAACCAUUUCUUGUCGCUGGUCACAAAAAACCACACGUCGAAAUCCCGCGACGAAAUCUCGCAAAACAUCCCCUUAACUGUGUUGAUUUUCUCAAUGGAGAAAGACCUGGUUGAACCUGUCGGUCUUUUACCCGAAGAAAAAAUCCUCAAUAUGAAUCUAACCGCCAAAAAAGAAGUUAUUUUGCCGAAACCAUCUGAAAUAAUCACAGAGGCGGUGAACGGUCGCGUUGAGGAAAAACCCUUUUCGAAUUUCCCCGACGAAGGUUCGAUCGGAAACACCUCGGACAACCUCGAGGCCAUAUCGGAGGCCGCCAGCAACCAUUCGGUGGCAAGUAGCCUCGAAUUGGAAAACGACCAAAACGACAAUCUUUCGGAUAUGAUUUCGGCCAACGUUUCCGGCCGGGGAACCCCCAACAUUUCCGGCCGGGACACCCCCAGCUCGCAGGUGAACGAUAACGAAGAGCGCCCGCUACCCGAAGCGCGCCAAGUCGAGCAGCCCCAGCCGCAGAUAAGUCGGCAAAUUCGGUCAGAAAUCGACGACAAGUUUUGCAAAUUUGAGAUAAAAAAAUUGCUGGAAGGGGACGAAACGAUUUCGAUCAUUUCCGAAACUUGGAGUACUGAUGUUUUGGCGUCGGAUAAUGAAACGAUCGAUGCUGGGGACUCGAGGGCCGAGAGACAAGGCUUGCAGUUGGUCGACCAAGCGAUAAAUGAAGUACCGACUGGGAAUAUCCUUGAUAUUUCCGAGACUCAGAGCGAGAGUGCCUGGUCGACUGAUGUCAUGGCUUCGGAUACCGAACGCUUAACCGAAGUGGAUAAUGAUGAUGCCGGAAGUGUGGCACAGUCCGACGAAACCCGAUCGGAAACCGACGAAAAUCCGACCCGGAGACUGUCGAAUUCGUCCAAUUACGUCAACUACUUGAACUAUCAGGAGUACCGAAAAGUCGAAAUCAAAAAUAACGUAAAAACCGACAAUAACGCCAAUAACGUGUUGUUUAAAUCGGUCACUUUGACCGACACUCAGCACAAUUUAUCGUUUUCGGAACUGAAAAUCGCCCGGAAAAAGGACGCUCCGGGACCGAGCGGUUUUAACCCAACCGAACUCUUGAAACAAAACACGUACGAUGAGCGUCCGAACGAAAUCCUCCUCAGCAAUUGCAGCCUGAAUUCGAGCUCUUCGGGCAGUAGUAGCAACAGUUUCGAAAACAAACACUCACAUACUGAAACUUGCUGGGAAAGCAAACAGUGGUUAAACAGUUCGGGAAGUAGUUUAAACGUCACAUCGACACCGUCCGAAAGCACGAGCGAGUUAUCAGUCCUCAGUGUCAGUAAUUUGAAUCCGAAUAUUUUAGUAAAGAAAGCUGCGACGCUGAAUCGGAGUUUGAAGCCCUCGGCUUCGACUGGUGCUAUUCCGAAAAGUAUUAGUUUUGAUAUGAGUGCAGAUAAAGGUGAUAAGUAUCUCGAUGACGAUCAGAGGAGCAAGAGGGGAGGCUUUUUCGGGAAAUUGAGAAUGGGCUUCAGGAAUAGGAGGGGGAAGUCGUUCCGGAAUCAGGAUGACUUCCGGUUGGAUGUCGAGGAGUUCGGGGCGGGGAAAAAGACGCCCAAUGACUCGCCGGUUAAGAUCAGUAGUUCAGAAGUGUCGGAGGACAUUUUAGCCAAAUAUCGGGCGAAACCGUUCAUUGAAAGUAGCCCGAAAGAAGCCAACGGCAAUGAUAAAAUCCCACCUAAAGUGAGAUCUGACGAUUCCACCGAUAACGUCGAUGUUAAUAAUAGCUUUGAUGAUAUUAAAAGAAAAUUACGUUUAGUUUUAAGUAAUACAACUUCACAAACCCCUAAAGUAAUUAAGGAAAACCGAUUAUCUGUAAAAAGUAAGGUUGAAACCAUCCUAAGAUUAGAGUUAGGCAAAGCUCGUAAGCUGAAAGAAUGGUCAAACAUCGCCCGAAUCUCUGAAACGCUGCGAUUUAUCAAUUUAUUAAAUGAGAGUACCUGUUUGAGCUUAUUACAAUCGCUUCGAGAAGAUUUUUUGCAACGUUCCGUCUACACGGAUUAUUUAAUAUACUCCCGGCAGGAACUCCUUUUUUGCCAAUCAUACCUUGACGGUUUAAGCGAGCAAGUUAACAACGAUAAGCAACAGUGCGAGAAAUAUUUGAGCAUGAUCUGCGUCCGCAAAUUCCUCCUCGAUGAGGAGAGCCGCAUCACCCAAUUCUGCGAGGAAUUCAAAGAAAUCAACCUCUUCGACGAAAAGUGCGACUUUUUGAACAACUUCUACGAACAAGUCUACUCAGUAAUGCAGCGCAGUGGCUUAUGGCAGGACAUUUUCAAAAACCAGGGUGAUGCGAUUAAAAUCACUCUAGAGAGGUGCAUUAUGAGCAAAAUUUACAAGUACGCCCUGUACCCGAACGGGGAUGGCGACAGGGAUCGCGACCAUGUUUUGUUUCAACAUAUUGAAAAAUUGGCGAGUAUUAUAAGCCCGGACCAUAAAGCUUUGAUGAUCCAUAAGAUGUUUCUGCGUGAAAUGCCCUGGAUUCCGGCCCAGGACGCCCUCAAGGCAAUGAACGCGUACAAGACGCCAAGAGAUAAAGUUAAAUGUGUGGUUCAUUGUGCGAAGUGUAUUAUGGAUUUGCUGGCGUUCUCGCAGAAUUCGGGAUCGAUGACUGCGGACGAUUUCACCCCAGUGCUGGUCUAUGUUAUUAUUAGGGUGAAUCCGCCUGAUCUGCUGUCGACUAUCCAAUUCGUCAACAGCUUCUACCACAGCCAGAUCGACGGGGAAGAGCUCUAUUGGUGGACGCAGUUCUGCUCCGCUGUUGAGUACAUAAAAACGAUGGAUUAUUCGGAUUGACAAAUGCUGUUCCAUAAUAAUCUAUUUCUUGUAUAAACAAUUUAUGUAUUUUCAGUAAAGUUUACUUUGUAUUAAUUAUCUAUUUUAAAUAAGAAAUUGUUAAUUAGUAAAAUAAGGGGGUUCGAAAUAAAAACUUCACACGCA